UCCAAUUCGAAACCGUAAAGGCAUCCUUGGAAGUGGACUUGACUCGCGCUUUUCUCCUUGAUUUGGACGUGUAGCAGCGAGGAGGAGGAGAAAGAAUCAGAGUCGAGAUGGUAGCUAACGGGGUCGAGGAUGGCGUUCGAAACGUCGGCUGCGUGGUUGAGCAGGAAGAGAUGGAGGAGGAGGAGGAGGGGAUGAUUCCCGUGGAGGCUAGGAAGAUCUUGAUCCGCCUCGCUUUAGGAUGGAACGACGUGAAGGAUUCCCGGGCGAUCGAGGUCGUGCCGCUCAAGGGCGCCAUGACCAACGAGGUCUACCAAAUCGAGUGGCUCUCGCAAGGUCCUUACCCUCGCAAGGCGAUCGUUCGCCUCUACGGAGAGGGUGUCGACGUCUUCUUCGACCGCAACGAGGAGAUCCGGACCUUCGAGUUCAUGUCCCGGCAUGGCCAGGGCCCGCGUCUCCUCGACCGCUUCAGCAACGGCCGCAUCGAAGAGUUUAUCCAUGCCAGGACACUUUCUGCUGUCGACCUCCGCGACCCACAAAUAUCUUCCCUCAUAGCAUUGAAACUGAGGGAGUUCCAUGAUCUUGACAUGCCUGGCCCCAAAACUAUACUACUCUGGAACAGAAUGAGAAAGUGGCUUAAAGUAGCAAAGAGCUUCUGCGCUGGCGCAGAUGCCCAAGAGUUUUGUUUGGAUGCACUUGAGAAGGAGAUCACAACUUUGGAGAAUGAAAUCACCAGAGAAGAACAGAGGAUAUGUUUCUGUCAUAAUGAUCUUCAGUAUGGAAACAUUAUGAUUGAUGAAACUAAUGGCGUGGUGACUAUAAUAGACUAUGAGUAUGCCAGUUACAACCCUGUUCCAUUUGAUAUUGCCAAUCACUUCUGCGAGAUGGCUGCUAAUUACCACACCGAAACGCCUCAUAUAUUGGACUUCACAAAAUAUCCAGAUUUUGAAGAGAGGAAACGAUUUGUCGAGAUAUAUCUUGGAUCUUCUGGUGAGCAAGUGGAAGAUGACAAAGUGGAGAAGCUUCUCUUCAGCAUCGACAAGUAUGCUUUGGCAAGUCAUCUCAUUUGGGGUUUAUGGGGAAUUAUCUCUGACCGUGUAAAUGAUAUAGAGUUUGAUUACAUGGAGUAUGCAAGGCAGAGGUUCCGGCAAUUCUGGUCGACGAAGUCUGCAACCAUGCUUGGAUCCCAGCGUUAAUGGAUGGUAGUUGGUUGUGCUUAAAGAGAUCUGAAAUCACUCACAGAAAUAGUGAUUUUUGAAUAAUACUCGUGGUUGGUUACUUCAAAGCUAAAUCAGUAAAGGGGGAAAAAAAUGGGAAUCAAAUAAAUUAUUCAAACUAGCGUGUAUGGCAAUGUAAAUUGAUCCUAUCAUUUUGUAUACCAUGCUCUUUAUCUUUA